ACUGUCCAUGAUGUCGAUGGCGCCUCUUUGUUCACUUGUAACCUUCUUUUCCUUCCUUUUAGGUGGGGCAUUCUCUUCUCCCACCCUAGGGACUUUACUCCAGUGUGCACCACAGAACUUGGCAGAGCUGCAAAGCUGGCACCAGAAUUUGCCAAGAGGAAUGUGAAGUUGAUUGCCCUUUCGAUAGACAGUGUUGAAGACCAUCUUGCCUGGAGCAAGGAUAUCAACGCAUACAUUGGUAAUGAGCCCACAGAAAAAUUGCCUUUCCCCAUCAUUGAUGAUAAGAAUCGGGACCUUGCCAUCCUCUUGGGCAUGCUGGACCCAGCAGAGAAGGACGAAAAGGGAAUGCCUGUGACAGCACGAGUGGUGUUUAUUUUUGGCCCUGAUAAGAAACUAAAGUUGUCUAUCCUCUACCCGGCUACCACUGGAAGGAACUUUGACGAGAUUCUCAGAGUAGUUAUCUCUCUCCAGCUGACAGCGGAAAAGCGGGUUGCCACCCCAGUUGAUUGGAAGGAUGGAGACAGUGUGAUGGUUCUUCCAACCAUCCCCGAAGAAGAAGCCAAGAAACUUUUCCCUAAAGGAGUCUUCACCAAAGAGCUCCCAUCUGGCAAGAAAUACCUCCGCUACACUCCCCAGCCUUGAGUGUCUCUUGGAAGGUGGGGUGGGGCUGCUCACUUAGCACAGUGAGCCAGAGGGUGUCAGCUGCCAAUCAUGUUUUCCUGAAGCAAUCCCAUAAACACAUCCUGGUGUGAUCACAACUAAGGUCUUUAGGUUGUUCUAGUACUGGCUUAUUAAAUGAAAAUGGCACUAAAGAUUUCUUGGGAUUCGUUACUUUCUGUGCCUGCACCAGCAUUCUAAUCCAUUCAUGUAUCUUAACACUCUGCUGCCUCUCUUUGGAGUAUAUUAUGUAUCUGGGACUCAAGUCUUGGAUCUCUGCAGAGUUUGUGAUACUACCUAGUACCAGUUCAUUGUUGGAAAGCUGGCUUUCCUCCAUGAUAGAGUGACUUAUCUGUCUUAAUCAAAUCCUCUCUUCUGUUACCCAUUUUUGGGAAUAACAGAAUUGAAAUUGGGUUUCCUCUGUAAGUACCUAAGUAUAUAGCCCAAGAACCUGGAAAUAAACUGGAUACCUGGUAUCUUGAUCAUACAUAGCUGGGGAAAAGCGUUUUCAACCUGCGCUUUUCUUGUAGCCGACUGCAGGAGGGAGAGCAGGGAGAGAGAUUUUGCUGUAAGAAAAUAACUGAUGCAUUUCUAUCAAAGUGGGGAAGCUACAGAAAAGGCUCUCCUUGACUAUCCGGGAGGUACACCAAGGGAGCGGGCAACAUGACAGAUGUGCCACACACCAAAGAGCACACCGUAGGCGAGAGGAGAGACAAUUGAAAAUGUUUACUACAGAGCUAUUCUUGCAGUGGGUGACUUUUCUGACUUGCUUUUUGGGGAUCCACAAAUAAAAUCUUUUAUUAAAACUGGA